CUUCUCUGGCUCACUCCAGCACAACUUUUGAGUUGCUCUCUGUUUGUCUCUCGCGCUCUCAGACACACGCGCUCAACUCAACGCCCUGGGAAACACACCAUGCGUACCUGUCCGGAGUUAUUUUUGCUUCCCAUGUUGGAUUUUUCGGACAAAUCUGGCUAAAAAAAAACAGACAAAGACACACAGAGGAUAUUAGGAACUUCUCUCGUUUGGUUUCUCUCCAAUAUUGCUUGUUUGAACGUGCCAAGAGGAUCGCCGCAGCUAAAGGGGUUUACCAGACAAGGCCUUCCCAAGAUGUUCAACCUGUAAAGUCAAGACGCCCAAACAAAGUCUUUGGUGUUUUUCUGCUUGGUGAACCACAGUCCUUGUUCAACCAUGAGGAGGUGCUCUCACGUUCUGCCUCUCACUGUGCUCGCUGCUCUACUGCUGUCUCAGGUCUGCUCUGGCAUCAAAUGGCUAGCCAUAUCACACACACCUAAGACUUUGCACAUCAACCAGACUCAACAUUGUAAACUGUUGCCUGGUUUGGUGUCGUCCCAAGCUCAACUGUGCCGUAGCAACAUGGAACUCAUGCAGACUAUCAUCCAAGCAGCCCGUGAAGUCAAGAAAACAUGCCAAAAGACCUUUGCUGACAUGCGCUGGAACUGCUCCUCCAUAGAGAUUCCCACCGAUUCAUCCAAGUAUCGUCCAGACCUUGAUCGAGGAACCAGGGAGUCUGCAUUUGUCUAUGCACUUUCUGCUGCCACCAUUAGCCACACCAUUGCCAGGGCAUGCACGUCUGGAGAUUUGCGUCUGUGCUCAUGCGGUCCCAUCCCAGCUGAGAUCCCGGAGCCUGGUUAUCGCUGGGGGGGCUGCGCUGACAACCUGCACUAUGGUUUGGUUAUGGGUUCCAAGUUUGCAGAUGCUCCAAUGAAGAUGAAACGUGCAGGCUCCCAUGCAAACAAACUAAUGCACCUACACAACAGUGAAGUUGGAAGACAGGUACUGAGGGAGGCAGUGGUGAUGAAGUGUAAAUGUCAUGGUGUAUCUGGCUCCUGCUCAAUAAGAACCUGCUGGAGAGGCCUUCAGGAUUUAAGAGAGAUUGCCAUGGACCUGAAAAUCAAGUAUCUAUCAGCUACCAAGGUGGUUCAUAGACCCAUGGGGACACGCAAGCAACUGGUGCCCAAAGACAUUGACAUCAGGCCUGUGAGGGAGAAUGAGCUGGUCUAUCUGCAGAGUUCCCCAGACUUCUGCACCAAGAAUGAGAAACAGGGUUCAGUUGGUACACAGGACAGGCAGUGUAACAAAACUUCAGCUGGCAGUGACAGCUGUGACCUGAUGUGCUGCGGCCGUGGCUACAACCCAUACACGGAGAAGCUCGUGGAACGUUGCCAUUGCAAGUACCACUGGUGCUGCUACGUGACCUGCAAGAAGUGUGAGCGGAUAGUAGAGAGAUACGUCUGCAAAUGAGGACGCCGUCAGCCGCGGACGAAGCAAAGCACUACGAUACCCAGAAGGCAAACCUUUUGUCUUCAGAUUUAGCAUGUGUAUUCCACCAUGAAGUGGUCUGUUCUCGUCUCAUUAUCACUUUAGUAUCCAUUUUCCAAACUGCAAGUGGGGUUUCUACUGAAUGUGGAAAGUGACGACAGUUUAUGUGAAGACCGCCGUCCUGCUGGGUAGUUCCUUUUUCUUGUUAAUGACCAUGAAUUCCGCCAAUGCGGAUGAGGAAAGUCUAUUUUAUUAUAGUUCUAAUAAAAAGUAAUAACCGUGGAUUUUAAAGUUGGAGGAGGAGGAGGAGGUUGUCUUUCCCCCUAGACAGAAAUAUGUGGACUUGUGGGACAUUUUAAGGUACAGUUGAUACUUUUUCCUUCUGCAUCAAUGGACAUGAGAGGAAAAGCAUACAAAGGGAACAUAAAGUACUUUUUCACACACUUUUGGACUGUGUGUUUCUUCAGCAUGACUUUAUCCCUACGGACUGAAAAGAGACGGAUAAAGGACUUGAAGAUUAAUCAUCCUAUACAUCUUGACAUGCAGUCUGUUCAAAAUAUAUUCUAUUUUUAAGAGCAUUAUGAAUUCAUGGAUUUUUGUGAACCACUUUUGCGUGGAUGUACAUACUCUAAUUUUGUAUUAUGAAAUAAAGAUAAGUAUUUAUAACUUGUAAUUUUCACCAUGACGUGAUUUUGUCCUUCUGAUCUUGAAAGCAACAAGAACUUUUCCUGCUCCCUACAAAGGUUGAGAAGUGUAAUGUACACUGACAGUGGUAUAUACAAAAUCUCAUCAGACUAAUUAUCACACAGACAAAGCAGGAAGUUGAAGAAAUUUAAAAUAUUUUGUGUGUUUUUUUUGUUGUUUUUUUUUUAAUGUCAAUGUCUGAUCUUGUUUUUCUUUAUCUCUGGAAAAGAAAGUGAUUUAAUUGCAGGUAAAUAACAAAACAAUAACAUUGUUUUACUCAUUGAACCAAAUAUAUAAACAAAAAUGUAUAUUCUAACUGAGGAAAAAGUUAGUACACCCUACCACCUAAUAGCUAGUGUUACCCUCUUUGGCUGAAAUAACUUCAGUAAGACUCUUCUUGUUGCCAUCUACCAGUCUUUGACAUCAGUCUGAAUAAAGUUUGUCCCACUUCUCAACCCCAAAUACUUUCAGCUGUGAGAUGUUUGAGGAAUUUCUUGCAUGUACAGCCCAUCACCCCACAGCAACUCAAUGGGAUGAAGAUCUGGUCUAUGACUCUGCCAUUCCAGGACUCUCCAUUUCUUCCUUUUCAGCCAGUCCUUGGUGGAUUUACUGGUAUGUUUUGGGUCAUUGUCAUGUUGCAGGGUCCAGUUUCGAUUCAGCUUUUUCACAAAUGAUCUCACUUGUUCCUCAAGCGACCUCUGAUAAGCGAUAGAAUUCAUGGUGGAAUCUAUGAUGGUUAGCUGGUCAGGUCAUGCUGAAGCAAAGCAUCCCCAAACCAUGACAUUUCCACCCCCAUGCUUAACAGUUGGUAUGAGGUUCUUUUCCUAGAAUGCUGUAUUGGGUUUACGCCAAACAUGUCCUCUGUUCUGGUGUACAAAUAAUUCAGUUUUAGAUUCAUCUGUCUGAAGAACAUUAUUCCAGAGGUCCUGGUCUUUAUCUACAUUCACUCUGACAAACUUAUGUCUGGCCUUCAUGUUCUUCUUGCAGAGCAAAAGUUGCCUGCAAACUUGUAAAGUCUUUUUCUGAUUGUAGAGGCAUGCAUUUUCACAUCAACGGUAGCAGGAGCCUGCUGUAGGUUCCGUGAUGACAUCUUAGGGUUUUUGGAGACUUCUUCUUCUCAUCUUGUGGUCUGUUCUCGGGGUGAACUGGCUUGGACGACCAGAACUGGGCAUGUAGGCAGUUGUUUUGAAUGUCCUCCACUCAUAGACUAUUUUCCGGACCAUGGAAUGGUCUUUUGAAAUCCCUUACCAGACUCAUAAACGUCCACAAUCAUCUGUCUGAAGUCCUCAGACAACUCCUUUGAGCUCACCAUGGUGUUUUCUCUCACUUCAACAGUCAGGGGCACACCAAACUACAUGUGAGGUUUAAAUAAGGCAAGCCUCCUUCAAAACACUAGGAAAUUAUGUUCUCAUCAUGAGCACCUGAUGUGAUAACCUGUGUGUAAUUUUAGCGGGAUUGAAUGUGGGGGUUUCCUAAUUUA